UAUUAUCAUUAAAUUGAGUAAAUAAAUAAAUAGAAGUAAUUUGUAUAAAAAUGUCCGUAAAAAAUGGAUGCAGUUUCAUCAUGAACAUCAUCCUGUUUGCCAUCGUCUUCAAUGCUGUAAAAGCACUUGAACCGCCAAGAAUAACAGAACACCCGCAAGAUGUGAUGGUAAAACGCAUGGAACCCACAACGCUGAAUUGCCAGAGUGUCGGAAGUCCAACGCCAACAAUUACGUGGUUCAAAGAUGGCUUUCCCGUGAAUAUAGACAUGUCACAUCGCAUGAUGCUACCCGGCGGAGAGUUGUUCUUCUUGAAGGUGGUGCAUUCGAAACGCGAAAGUGACGCUGGCGUUUAUUGGUGCGAGGCAAGAAAUGAUUUUGGCGUUGCAAAAAGUCAUAACGCCACCCUAACAGUAUCAGUGUUGAAAGAUGACUUUCGGUUGGAGCCGCGCGACACAAGUGUUGCGUUGGGAGAAACGGCGUUGCUGGAAUGCGGACCACCCAGGGGGAUUCCCGAACCUCAAGUAUUUUGGCGCAAAAAUGGCCAUAUAAUGGACUUGACUAACACAAAACGAAUUCGCAUUGUUGACGGCGGUAAUUUAGCUAUACAGGAUGCUCGACAAUCAGACGAUGGCAGAUAUCAAUGCGUCGCUAAAAAUCCAAUUGGAACACGGGAAUCAUCCAUUGCUUAUUUAAAAAUACAUGUUAAACCCUUCAUUAUACGUGGACCGCAAAAUCAAACCGCGAUAAGUGGUACUUCAGCUGUAUUUCAAUGCCGUGUUGGCGGUGAACCGUUGCCCGAUGUUUUAUGGCGACGAUCCGCAGCAGGAGGCAACAUGCCAUUAGGCAGAGUACACAUUCUCGAGGAUCGCAGUUUGCGCAUCGAUGACAUCACAAUUGACGACAUGGGAGAAUAUAUUUGUGAAGCUGACAACGCUGCUGGUUCUGUCAUAUCAUCGGGAAUUUUGACUGUUCAAUCACCUCCUACAUUUACUGUCCGUCCUCGUACUCAAAUCGUUGACUUGGGUGCUGAGUUACUUUUUGAAUGUCAAGCUACCGGCUACCCAAAUCCAACGAUUUUUUGGUCCAUUGAGGGAAAUCGAAGUUUACUCUUUUCCGAUACGCGCGUCGGAAACAUGGAAACAACGACAACAGCAGAUGGAGGCACAAUUCUCUCAGUUUCGAAUAUCGAUCGCAGUGACAACGGCAAAGUGAUUGUUUGUAGUGCGGUGAAUAGUGUUGGAAGUAUUAGCACGAGAGCCGUUAUUAGUGUGAAUUUGCAAGAUGACCGUCCGCCUCCACUGAUCAUCGAAGGUCCCUCAAACCAAACACUUCCAAUUAAAUCUGUUACAACACUUCCGUGUCGCGCAAUGGGCGAACCCAAGCCAGUAAUUUCGUGGUAUCGUGAUGGCAUUCCAGUUGUUCCCUCAGAUAAAAUUAACAUUUCCGAAACGGGUUACUUGACAAUCGCCAAUUUGGAUAAAAAUCUCGACUCUGGGCUUUAUACUUGUGUUGCCAGUAGUAAAACUGGAAAGUCGACAUGGAGUGCAGUGUUGAGACUCGAAGCUCCGACGAAUCCAAACAUUAAAUUUUUUCGCGCUGCAGAGUCAAAUUCAUUGCCAGGAGCUCCCGGAAAGCCCAUUGUGGUUCAACAAACGGAUCAUAGUGCCACUAUUACUUGGGUUCGCAGUAACAAAGUAGGGGCAUCUUCAUUACUUGGAUACACAAUUGAAAUUUUUGCUCGAAAUGUCACCGAUGGAUGGGCCAUAGUUGCUAGUAAGGUACAAAAUACAUCGUUUACCCAAAUGGGACUCAACACAGACACAACGUACUAUUUUGUGGUGAGAGCUGAAAAUGCGCAUGGACUGUCAGCACCAAGUGUCAUCUCGGAUCCUGUUACUAUUAGACACAAUGAUUCCGUACUUGGUUUGGAUAUGAGUGAGGCUCGUGCCAGUCUUCUGUCUGGAGAAGCUGUUGAACUCACAAAUGCUACGGCUGUCGAUUCCACCACUGUCAAAAUCUACUGGGACAUAAUCAACGGAAAAUAUGUUGAAGGUUUCUACAUUUAUGCACGAAACCUCGAGUCAACUACGCAGGAUACGUCAUACAAGACAUUAACGGUGCUUAAUAGCGGCAGUGCAUCCAGUUGUACCAUCACAAAUUUAAUGAAAUACACCCAAUAUGAAUUUUUCAUAAUUCCGUUUUACAAAAGUGUGGAAGGUAAACCAUCAAAUUCACGUGUUACCAGAACAAUGGAAGACGUUCCGAGCAUGGCACCAUCUAACAUGGAAGCGCUAUUAUUAAAUUCAUCCGCCGUCUACCUGAAAUGGAAGCCACCACCAAUCGAAUCACAUCACGGUCUUUUGAAAAAUUAUCAUAUCAUCGUGCGUGGCUUAGAUACCCGAAUGAAUUAUUCGAAAAUUUUAACGAACGUUACGAUAGAAGCACAAUCACCUACAUUAUUGUUGGCCAAUUUAACGGAAGGUGUGACAUAUACCGUGAGUGUGGCUGCAGCCAAUGAUGCUGGAUUGGGACCGUUUAGCAGUCCGAGUGUUUUGAGUAUCGAUCCCGUGACCAAGAGUUUAGAUAAAACUAUAAGAUAUCCGAUCAACCACACGCGAAUGGAUGAUUUCUUGACGCAACCGUGGUUCAUUGGGCUUCUUGGACUCAUUUUAGCCAUCAUGAUGUUGUCUUUCGGUGCCAUGGUCUUCGUGAAACGCAAACAUAUGAUUAUGAAACAAGCGGCUUUGACAAGCAUGAGAGCAACGAACAGCAAUGGCGUGUUAAAGGUCAAUACACUUCCCAGUGCCGACGGUUUUUGGUUGGAUCCUUCUUCGAUUGUAUGGCGGCCAGGCAGCAAAGAAGUUAUUCCGGACUAUGCACCAGUUUGUGGACAAGAUACGCUUCCUGUGGAACAGAGAACAAGAAUUGAAUACAGCGAAUACCCCGCUGAAUAUGCCGAAGUCUCGAACACAUCUGUGUCAUUCCGCAACACAAACAGUUAUUCGCCCGCUCCAUAUGCUACAAGUAGCAUAAUCGGAAGCAAUAGACUAUUAUUAAAUAGUGAUAACCAACAACAGCAGCAACAGCAACAACAAUUGCUAUUGCAACACCAACAGCAACAAAACGAAGCAUAUCAUUUGUAUCUAAAUGCACAACAACAGCAACAGCAACAAAUUCUACAACAAAAUAACUUUUAUAAUCGUAGCAUUCAUUCCGACUCGUAUUUUAAUCCACGCGAGAAAAUCACAAUCACUGAAAAUAAAUUGGCAAAUACAUUUAAUCCAAAUGGGUCGUCCGUGCCUCAUACUCCCCUAUUGGGCACCAUGCGUCGCACAAGACUCAAGUUCGGUCGUUAUCCCAGCAAUACGUCGGACGCAGGCAGCGAUUAUAGUGAUCAUCGUGACGAACAACUUUACGUGAAGGUAGGUGAAACGACGCCACCAAUUAACUGGCAAAAUACGCGAGGCAGUGCUGGCAAUAGCAGCAACAACAGCAGCAACACUAGUCAUAACAACAACACGGCAUCGAAUAAUAAUAGCAAAUUAUUGAAAGAUCCCGACAUUAUUUACGCGCCAUCAACCACCGUCAAUCGAAAUGUGAUAAGUUAUUUGAGCAAAAAGGACUUCCGUGAUGACGUAUAG